GGUCCCGGGAAGCCAACCAUAAUUAACCGCUACCAUGUUUUUUUUUUUUUUAAUUCAUAAAUUUACAAAACGAAAAGGUCAAAACUUAGCGUUGAACAAGAAAACUCCAAUAUCCCAUUCUGUUGCAGUGAGCUUUGCCAAUAAUCUUCCAUGGCUUUGAGUCUCAUCAUUCCUCGGCCAUGGCUUCUUUUCCUGACCUUUCUUCUCGUUUUCACAGUUCUCUAAUUCGAUUAUGUCAUAGCCAGUCCAGCUCUCCUCAAAAUAUUGAAACUUUCUAUCCCACUGAAACUCCAACACUACCGCCGGGGCCAUCGGGGACAAAUCGAGCUCCGCCGUCAACGGCGUCAAACGGUUCUUCUUCAUCAAACAGUAAGAUAGCCAAGGCAGUGGCUGCAACCGCAGGAGCUACUUUCGUUGUCUCUGCUUUAAUCUUCUUCAUAGUACAUAGGUGCUUGAGAACAAGAAGGAAACAUGAGGCUGUUGUUCCUCAGAAUCAAAUUAAUGGGUUUGAGCGAAUUGGAGAAAAUGUCAGAGGGUUGAUUGUUGAUGAGAAUGGAUUGGAUGUGGUUUAUUGGAGAAAGCUUCGAGGAAGAAGCUCCAAUGGGGAUUUCCACAAAGAGGUCUUUCGCAGUGCCCAGAACAAACAACACCAAGAAAAAGACGACGAAGAAAAUCAGAAACCAGAGACAGUUCAAGAAUUUCCUCUGCUUCGUGGGAAAUCUUCGACUUCCCACAUACCAGAAGACGAUGAAUCGAAUCGAAUAAUUACAGCAAGAACUAGUCUUCCUCCUACACCAGCAAUUCCGAAACGGAAUAGUUCGGCCCCACCAACUUCCCCUUCUCCUCUCCAACCAAUUCAGGCUAGGAAGAAUUCCCCGCCAGCGCGGCCACGAAGUCGGCAGCCACCGACUGUGAAGUCAUCGUCAAAGCCACCACCGACAUCUCAUGAAACUCCAACAAACAACGGCAGGCCGGGAAAUUCUUCCGGGGAAGGCACGUCGGAAUCCGGCAACGGUCAGAUGAAGUUGAAGCCUCUGCAUUGGGAUAGGAUGAACAGUAACUCUGAUCACUCGAAGGUGCGAGACAAAGCUAAUGCGGGCUCUUUCAGUGUUGAUCAAGAUCUUAUGGAAGCACUCUUUGGAUACGUGGCCAUCAACAGAAGAUCACCAAAAGGAAGGACAAGUGACUCAGCAAUUCAAAGCAGGGGGGUCUCUUCUCAAGGACAAGUCAGAUUGGGAAGAGAACAGCAGAGAACAUAGAGAAAGAAAGACCCUUUUGGACUCUAUUUAUGAUGGUUAAGAAUUUUGUGGUGACUGAAGUUCAACUUCAAGCCUGCAUUGAGAUUUCUCGUCGAAUGCAGAACAGGAAUAUAGCUAAGCUGAGGCGAAAUUAAAAGAUUUCAUGAACACACUUGAGGAACAUAACAUGUGGGAACAGUUCAUGGGAAGACUUAAAUGAUUCAACAACUCGUAUAAGUGGUUGGCAGCUGUGUUAUUUGAGUCUACCCUUUUGCCUAUUGGAGGCUGAUUUGAGCUGUUUCAGGAGCCAUGAGUGGACAAAGCUUCUUAGCUGUAUCCUAUAACUAAAUUUUAUUUAUUAGAGCACGACAUGUAUUCAUAUUAAAUGUGAGUUUCAGUGGAAAAUAUGGUGCAUGUCUU